UAACAAUUAUUAAAAGUUGGUUGAUUGAUGAUGAUUUGGGCUUGUGCGGGUUCAAGGAACAAGUUUUGACGUGGUCUCUAAUAUAGUGACUAAUCGAAACUUUACCAUUUGGUCAAAUUCAAAUCAGUUGAGUUUAAUCGAUAUUUUUUUUUAUCAAACGAGUAAGGCGUGUAACGUUUUUCGCGCGGUAACGUUUCAGUCGUCCUCUCUGAACGUAUUUUGUUUUCUUCUAAACAAGGCUUUGUCUUCUCGGUAAACAGGACUCUCCAUGAGUCAGGAGUUAGAAAUGGAGCUAUUUAUAUGAACCAUUUUAUAGUGAAAUUGUCUUAUGUUUACAUUUUCAAGCGUUAAGCAAAAUUAUAAUGUUUUACACUCUACAGGGGAGAAAUGUUACAGAUUUAUGAUUAAAUAAAUUACCUUUUAAAAAUGUUACCCUCCUACACAUUGUUAAUUUUUUGACAAAUAUCAUGCCUUUACUAGGAAUCAUGAACAUAGCUGGAUACACAGAUGUCUGUUAGCUUUUUGAAAAUGGCCACGAGUAUUGAAGGUCUGAAUUUGGUCUUGAUGGGAAGAACAGGAGUCGGAAAAAGUUCGUCCGGAAACACAAUACUGGGAAGAGACGUUUUCAGAUCAAAGAGAAGCUCCAGAUCGGUCACGCAGGAUGUUGCUGUUGAAUCUGCGACUGUUGGCGACUUUCCAGUCACUGUUUAUGACACACCGGGAUUAUUUGACAUGCACACAAGUGAAAACGAGGUCGAUCUAAAAUAUAAGAGCGUUUUACAGAAAUGCGAGUCUGGUCUCUGUGCAUUUCUGCUGGUCAUCAAAGCUGACCGAUUCACUGAAGAAGAGCGAAGAACCGUGGAGAAGAUUGAGAAGCUGCUGGGAAAAAGAGCGGCUGGAGAAAACCUGGAUUCUCUUCACCAGGGGAGACGAACUGGAGGAAGAAAACCUGACAAUACAACAAUUCAUCAGUGA